UCGCGAAGACAGAUUAUCGAAAAAAACGGCUUCGUUUUUCCACGGAUUCUUUAAUUAGCUACGUGAUCUACUGAAUUUUUCCAUUGAGGAUAAGGCCAUGAUGCCGGUCUCACUAACGAUUGCGGUUGUUUACCUCGCUGUAUGCGGCGGCUACGUUAGAGAUGCUCGGGCUGGAUCAGGUUUACGGAACUCCAUCAAAAAUCUGCCAAACGGAGCCUCCAAUCCCACCGACGCAGUCAGCGCAAAUCCACAUGUGGUCAACUCAGACAGCGGCGGCAUUCACAAGGGAGGCAGUGACAUCUCGGUGCCACUGAGUUGCGCUGUUGAUGGUGAAUGCGGUCCCGUUAAAUUCUGUAACGAUGCCCGCAGAGUGUGCUUGCCAUGCCGCAAACGUAGGAAGCGCUGCCUUCGCGACGCGAUGUGCUGCAGUGGUAACCGAUGUAUUAACGGCGUGUGCCAAGCAGCUGAAAUGAAUUCUACCCAGUCUUUUAGAACUACAGCUGCGACUCAACUGGUUAGCAAGCCACAUGGCACUGCUGUGCCAGUAACACGUAAUCAGAACCGCACAGUGUUGACACAGCAGCCUAAAAGGACUACAGUCUCCUCACAACAAAUGCUUAAAGGUGGUGAGGGGGACAUGUGUCUGCGAUCUUCAGACUGCUCUGAGGGACUGUGCUGUGCUCGCCACUUCUGGUCACGGAUCUGCAAGCCGGUGUUGACUGAGGGCCAGAUGUGCACGCGGCACCGGCGCAAGGACACCCACGGCCUGGAGAUCUUCCAGCGCUGCGACUGUGGCCAGGGCCUGGUGUGCCGAGCCCUGCGGGACAGAGCAGGAGGGCUGGAGAGACAGCAGCAGCACAGUGGCAACAACAACAGAGCUGCCAGGAACCUCCACACAUGCCAGCUGCGCUGACACAGCGGAACUUGCUAGGACAGCUCGCUUUUACAUGAGCAUAUAUAUACCCACACACACACACAUACACACACACACAAGUAGACACAAGGGAUACAGGAAAACUGACUCCCCGGAAGGAUGCCCUGUUAAAAGGAUUGAUCAUAUUUUGUGGAUGGAUGCAGAAAAGGUGCAGCGUGUGGAAUUUUGGAUCAGAGACUCUGCCACUAAAGACAGCAAAUCAUUUUAUUUCCUCCUUUAGAGUCAUCUAAAAGGCAGAUUUUUGCUUCCCUUUAUAAGGGCACUGUAAACUCUUCUUGCAGUAAAUUACUGUAGUGUAAAUACUUAUUUGGAAGUGGCACUUAACUGAGCUUAUUGAUUCUGUAAAAGUAGUAUUGUAAGACCAGGUGCUGCAUGACUCUAUGCUAAUACUGUAAAUGCGAAUCAUAUGAUUUAUAUUGUUAUUUACAGUGUAAUAUAAAUAUUAUAUUU